CUGAAACGCUUUGUUACUUCAGAAUACUAUCCAUUUGUUCUUCAUUGUAACAGAGCUUCGCAUCUUGGAUCUUUCAGAAUCGGUGGCCCUAAUGCCACAGUUACGACUCCUAAUGGAUUGUAUUUCACUACACAACGCUAUGCUCUCGUUACCUUUCAAACAGAUCCCGUCAUCCAGAAAACUGGAUUCCAGUUCGUCUACGAGUCUGUUUUCACUGCGAAUCCAUGCAAUCGAGACAUUGUGCUCAUGCUGAGCGGCCUUUCCACUGUCGGAACACAGGAAAACUUCCAGAAGCAGCUUGACUUCGUCGCCAAUCAACUAAGCCCAACAUGGCAGGUUGGGCUCGAUAAAAUCCGGGUGGUUCUCAAUCUAGUGGUGAGUGGGCUGAGCGUAGCACUUCUAGCUAUUCUGUUUUCUAAUUUAUUUUCACUAUACUGCAUGAGACAACACUUGAUGAGGAGACAGAAUAGAGAUGUCCUCAGAGAAGAAAUUUCAGCAAAUAAGGAGAAGUCACUGCACUUUCUUCUCGGGAAAGUUGUCUAG